CCAAAGAAGUGAGGGCGAAAUCGCCUGGUCGGUCUCUCCAGUCUGCCGGCUUUUUAAUCCAAUGUAGGAGCUCCAGAUAGGUUCCGUCGGGGAAGAUGAUCAGUUUGUUGCGGCUUAAGCCUCCUGCAGGUCAUUAGUGAAUGCUGUAGACUGGUUCGUAGAAGACACGGUUGACUUGCCUGCGUGGGUGCCGCCAUUGAUGAUGGUGAAGUGGUCCGUCAGCCAUGUUGAAGGAGAUUCGAAUUCAUCCUUGCUGAAUUGGAGAAGCAAAUGGUCGAGAUAAACGUGCUGCGACGGCAUGAUUCGGUGUGGCUAUGAGGAAUGUUAGAUUGAUAAGAAGCGUUCUCCCCGAGGAAUGGAGGACGACGGCAUGCGGGGUUGUCGCGCACGCCAACCGGCGCGCCCCAUCGCGUGUGAUCAUUAUUGCCUCACCCGACCUCAGGAUAGCAAAAGUUUCUGCUUAGCCCUGAGAAUAUUGGGUUUUAAUACUAUACCCAGAACUCGAAUUUAUUACCGGAAUAUAUAUUUGGCACCAGUGGAUCAAAUAUAUGUCAUUACAACUAGUACCUACAGUGAUCGUUGCAACACUACAACCCACACGGUGUAUUUCAGAAAAUGUUCAUCGCAGUGGCUUGGGCCGUUUCAGCUUGUUGAGAAGAGAUGGUCGCCCCAAAUUCCAUGUCUCCGCUCAUUCGAACCAUGGGGGUUAAGAUACUUCCGGCACAAAGACCAGCAAAUUCGACAUCGACAGACUCAACCAACUCAAGCUCAUGAAGUGUGUCGCGUGCCCAAGUUUCUUAAUAUACAUAUGGCUCUGGACGGAACACUGCUGUCAUCAUGUCUUCCGCUUUGUUUAUAAUCGAUGGCUAGUACACCCUCGAAACGGGGUUGGCAGUUUUGAUUGAGUUGCAGACGAAUGGGACACCUGCAGAGUCCGAAAGCAAAUGACAUGUAUAUCAUUUUCUAUGGAAUUUCUUGUAAAGUUACUCGAUAUGGGAU